CGGUACCUCGGGACAGCCCGUUUUCACAGUCGCGCUGCAGACAGCCGAUGCCGUCCGGCCAUAUUGGCGCGGUGAUGUCAUCUGCGCACGCAGCUCAGCUCAGGUCUGUAACGGCGUCUCGGAUGCAACUUCAGACGUUACUUCGGUCAAGUGAAAUAAAGUGCUAAAAAGUUGAAUCAACGAAAUGAACAGAUCUCUGGGCGCAAUAUGUUCCAUCUGAAAAUGCUUGGUUACGGAUGUGAGAGCAUCGAUGAAUAUUGCGUGUGUGUAGACUGUUGGCUACGUAAUUCGGAAUUUCAGGGAGAAUUGAAAUUGGAAAAAUUAAAGUUGGAUGAAAAGUCAAAAAUACAUUUAUGGGGCAGUUUUCCUCUUCAACCAACGAGUGAACCAGAAACUAAAUUAUUGAUACUUGACUAUGCAUCGUUUAAUGAAAAUGCAGAGACAAUGGGUAAUAAUGUAGCAGUAGCUUGCAGUGGCUAUAUGAUUAAUACAAAUACUUAUGAAGCAUAUCGUCAAAUAAAGCCAGAAGAAUUUAUUGAUACUAUGGGUAAAUGUAUUACAGACAGUAUCAUAGAUGGCACAGCUUUACAAGAGCCCUGGCGACUUUCAGUAUUCUUAGUGCUCGCGCAUUCUGAUCUCAAGAAAUAUCAGUUUUAUUACUGGGUUGCACAUCCAACACCUUUCUCUCUGCCAGAGAUUUACUUGACCGAGCCAUUAAAACUAGCAUCUAGUGAAUUUACAACUGACCAAAUAAAUAAAUUACAUAAGGGAUUCCUUCAGCUAGAUGCAAGAUCAAAGAAUUUCUUCUCAGUAUUUGUGUCUGACAAAAGUGAUUUAAGCAUUGCUAACUUAUCGAAAGGAGUGGAAUAUGUAAGAUCGAGUACUGAUAAAAAAGGAGAUUCAAAACAGGCAAAAAAUGAAGUAUAUUUUGCGUUCUACGAUCCUUGCACAAGUGCAGAACCUGGAUGGCCCUUGCGAAAUCUGCUGUGCCUGUUGCUGUUCCAUUGCACUACAUUUUGCCUUACACAAAAUAUUAAAAUCUUGUCUAUGAGAUGUGAUAGAAUGCAAACGACUGCUGUUGUAUAUACACUUAGAAUCAAAGAACACACAGAUGUGGAAGCUAUGAAGAAAGCUAUUGUUGAAGGUCAUUUGGUGGGUUGGGAAACUGGUGCACAUGGAAAAAUGGCUCCUAUGAUCGCGAAAUUAUCUAACGUUAUGGAUCCGACUAAACUAGCAGAAAGAGCGAUCGAUUUGAAUCUAAAAUUGAUGAAAUGGCGCCUUGUCCCUGAUCUAGACUUACAAAAGAUCAGUGGUCUACGAUGUCUUCUGUUGGGCGCCGGUACAUUAGGAUGUUCUGUGGCGAGGAUACUCCUUGGCUGGGGUAUUAAUAAUAUUACGCUCGUAGAUAAUUCCACUGUUUCGUACAACAACACAGUUCGUCAAAGCCUGUAUACGCACAAAGAUGCGGUGCAACGUCGAUAUAAGGCUCACGCCGCGAAAGAUGCUUUACUUAGGAUACGUCCUAACAUGGACGUGGAAGGUGUCGUUUUGCAUAUUCCUAUGCCUGGACACGUGGUCGGUCAAAGUAUGAUGGAGAAGACCGAGGAAGCUGUGAAUAAAUUGCAAGAACUCGUGCAGUCCCACGACGUGGUGUUUUUGCUUCUGGAUUCACGAGAAGCCAGGUGGCUGCCCACUCUUUUGUGCGCCACGAUGAAUAAGAUAGCUAUCAAUGCCGCUUUGGGAUUCGAUUCAUACACAGUACAGCGGCAUGGUACGCGCGAUGUUUCCGUUCCUCCUUCAUCCAACAUUUUGUUAGUGCAAUAUCCUGAAGGGCAGGAUCUCGGUUGUUAUUUUUGUAAUGAUGUUACUCAACCCGGAAAUUCGCAAUCGGACAGGACACUUGAUCAACAAUGCACUGUUACUCGACCGGGAUUGUCACAAAUCGCCGCGGGCUUGGCGGUCGAACUGCUUAUGGCAGUAACACAACAUCCUCAAGGAAUUUCAGCUAGAGCACUUACAAGUAACAAUACAGAUGAACAUAUAGAGAACAAAGAUAAUCCGUUAAUAGGAAUAUUGGGUGGUGUACCUCACACGAUACGUGGCUCACUUUGGGGUAAUGAUAUGAAACUGACGGUCACAUAUCGAUUUGCAUCCUGCACGGCAUGUUCUGUACCUUUGAUCAAAGAGUAUCAACAACGAGGCUUUGCUUUUGUACUUGAUGCUUGUAACGUAUCGAACUACCUCGAGAAAUUGUCAGGACUCGAAGAGAUAUUAAAAAGACCAGAUCUAGACGAGUUGUGUAAGGAAAUGGAUACUACAAGUGAAGACGAAGAAGCAUUUUUUGAGACAAUUUAAACAACACAAUGUAAGCGAAAAUGCGUAGAAUGCACAGGCGAAGCACAUAAACUUUAUACUCAAAUUAUUUGCACUGCGUUUGUACAUACAAAUGAUACAUGCUGUUCGUAUAUAAAAUGUGAAGAAGAAUAAUACUGAAAUGGUUUAAUCAAAAUACAUUCUGUAGAAUUCUACUACUACUACGAGUCAGUAUAUUUUGUACAUCUGUGAUGUGUAGUUUUCUUAUUAACACUGA